CAGACACGCGCAAUGAUAGCCGGAAGCAUCGAUGGGAGGAAAAUAAAAAUCGAUUAAAUCCAGUAUAUUUCGCUAGUGUAGACCUCUCACUUAGUGUCCUUUUCGCGACCACAGCCUCGAAUUUAUCUGCCUUUUACACUGCAACUGAGCUGGAGGGGACGGUAGAGAGCAGGAAAUCAGCUCCUUUUGAACGAAGUUGCUCGGUAGGGGUUUAGCUGACGUGUGGAGAAGUUGAGACAGCCAGAGAGCAGAUAAACAAAUAUAAACAAGCAGGGAUCAGCUGAGCGCCUGUCCGAACCGAACCAGCAGCACGAAGAGAUGUCAGGGAGAGCGAAGUUCCUCCUUUGAGCCCAAGAAUGAUCCGCAGGAGACCGUGACUCACACUGAUACUUGCUCCAUGUCAACUGUCAACACUGGCACACAAAGAAUUUCGGAAACACAACACGAGGACCAGCCAUAGGCUUUAGCAGAAAACCCACUGCUCCUGUCACUGUCUCUUUGUCAAGGCAUAGCCACGUUAGCAUGGACAACCAAUGAGUUUACCUUCCAGGUUGCAGCUGUAGCGAAACGAAAACACAUUACAGUGCAAGGAGACGGAGAAGUGGAAUUAACAUGGCCCACCAGGCAACCCCAAGUUCCCAGAAGGCCCUGAUGAUGGAGCUGAAGUCCCUGCAGGAGCAGCCGGUGGAAGGUUUCCGCAUCACUCUGGUGGAGGAGUCUGACCUCUACAACUGGGAAGUGGCCAUCUUCGGCCCCCCAAACACCCUGUAUGAAGGAGGCUACUUUAAGGCUCACAUCAAGUUUCCAGUCGACUACCCGUACUCACCACCAACCUUUCGCUUCCUCACCAAGAUGUGGCACCCGAACAUCUAUGAGAACGGAGAUGUGUGCAUCUCCAUCCUGCACCCUCCUGUCGAUGACCCUCAGAGUGGGGAGCUGCCCUCUGAAAGGUGGAACCCCACCCAGAAUGUCAGGACCAUCCUGCUCAGCGUGAUCUCUCUGCUCAAUGAGCCCAACACCUUCUCCCCGGCCAACGUGGACGCCUCCGUCAUGUUUCGCAAAUGGCGGGACAGCAAAGGCAAAGACAAGGAGUACGCAGAGAUCAUCAGGAAGCAGGUGAUGUCAACGGCGGCGGAGGCCGAGCGCGACGGCGUCAAGGUGCCGACCACGUUGGCGGAGUACUGCGUCCAGACCAGGGUUCCCUCUCAGGACAGCAGCUCGGACCUCCUCUACGACGACCUGUACGACGACGACAUGGAGGAGGAGGACGAGGAGGACGAUGAGAGCGAGAUGGAGUCUGUAGGCGAGGCCGGGGCGAUCAGCGCUUUGGAGGACGACGGGAUGUCCACCAGACGUUACGACAACCAGGAUGACUCUGGCAAUGAAGAUUCGUGAUAGUCUGGAUGAUGACUCCUCCCUGCCAACUCCCCCACUCUUCUCCCUCCUUUUUUUUUUUCCAUGUCUGUUGAGUGCGUGUUUGUGUGUGUGUGCGCGCGCGAGCGUGUUUGUGUGUGUGUGUGUGCGCCUGUGUAUACACAUACAGUGGGGUCAAAAGUCUACUGCCAAAAACAUUUCAUCAUUUAUUAAACAAAUACAAGUGUUUGGUCAAGUAAUAGUUCUCAGAUGCUGUUACAUAACUCUUCAGCAAAGGUUUGUCAGAAUUUGGGGAUUCCACCGUUUGCCUUAAUUACAGCUUGCACUCUGUCCCGCAUUAAAUGUUUUGCAGAGUUUGAGGGUGUUUAACUUUUUCCCGAGAGCAUUGUUGACGUUAAAGGACCAGCGUGUAGGAUUUGGUACAAAGGUCCCCGGUCACUGGGCCGUGAGGAAAAUACAGAAAUUGGUUAAAAAUCUCUGGAUAAUAAACAUACAACUAUUUGUGCGGUAAUCGCACUGAGCCUAGCAUGAUCUGGCUGCAGCUCCCUCUCAUCACCAGAGUCACUUGGGAUGAGGGGGAGGGUUAGCGACACUUAGCAAAGCUCUUUUAACCGUGUAACUGCUUCACGUUGUUAAACUGUCUUUAAGUUGACAGUUUCAAAGCUGAAACGAAGGCGGCAGCUUCGCGUGUUGUUUUCCCCGAGAAAUUCUUUCCCCUCAAGCUCAUUUUGACUCGAUUGUCCAAUGUCCGUGAACUGAAAAGUUGGUUCGAGUUAAAUCUCUCUGAGAAGCAGUUUAACAAUUGAGGAUGCAACUGAACACCCCUCAGUCACCUUUUCUUUUUUAAGCAACAUGCUCCAAAAUAGCAUUGUGUAAAACCGCAAUGUUUAGACACACAUGUAGACACGUUAUGUAGCUAUUAAUUUGGUGUAAAACUAUGUGGCAUGGUUCUGUGUACUGUUUUGUACGGAAUUGUUGUAGUGUUUGGUUUCUCACUCUGAGCUCCUGUAGAAACAUGGCCGAACAACAUGCCUGUGUAGAUAUACGAAAGAGCAGCAGUUUUCAGUUAGAGGUGGACUAUCCACUACUGGAAACAACGAAUGAACGCCACCAAAUCUUGCGCGCUGGUCCUUUAAGUUCCAUGUUACGAAUUCAUCCUCCUCUCUUGCAGCGAGUUGAACCAGAAAUGCUUCUGAAGACUAAAGCAGCAUCUCUCUGCUGUGGUCUGCACGCAGUUAAUCACGUUCAAGUUACAGACUUCACACAAAGGAAACGUCCCCACGCUUGAAUAUUUAUAUCGCUGUGUUAGGCUGUUUGUUAAUUUGCCGUUUCGUUACUCUCUCACGCGACCAAUUCCUCACGUGCGGUGACGCAAGUUGGUUUGCAGCUCAGACGUUAACCACUUUCAUUGCUCGAGUCUUCGGCACUGAAACGUCAGUAUUGUUCGGUCCAUGCUCAGGCAUCGGACUUUAAAUGGGUCUUUUUUUUUUUUUUUUUUUAAACUAUUACAGCCAGAGUUGGCUUGAUAUCUGGUAUGAAGCCCCACUUUUGUCUUGCGGUGAUAUUUAUGCUUUGGUAUUUACAUGGUACUGGUUUGGAUGUCAACAACAACUUUGGUUUUAAUCUUACGCAGCCUGCAAUUUGCAGCCCUCAAGUAAACAAUGUGGCUCCGGAAUAGUUUUACAAAUUCGCCCAAUAGCACUGGUUCUGAUGUUGAGGCAUGACUCAAAACUUUGCUCUGCAAUGAGCGUAAUAAUAGAUAGAUAACAAGUUGUCCGAGUUUACAUGUUUUAAUGUGCACAUUAUCCCUUUUUGUGAUGUGCACUACCCAAAGAUAAGACUACACUUCUCAGUUCUGAAUCAUGUAUUCUUUAUUUAAAAAAAAAAAACAACACAAACGUGUUGGUUUUGAUAAAUGAUGAAAACUAAUAGUCGCUGUGGUGGCCUCUUGAACCCCACUGUAGUGGGUCAGCUCCUUGUCCGGCUGGCCCACGUCACGUUGUUUGGUUUGGUGUCGGAAGAAGUUGCCGCUAUCCAGUGUGUCUUCCCUCGUUGCUGUUUUUCUAUGUGUGUUUGUUGGUUGGUCGUUUGGUUGGUUGACGCUCCGUCCUCCUCCACUCGCCGCCCGUUGUGUUUUCCCGGGGCGGCCCAGACGACCUGGCUGGUGCGCCCUCGGCUGUUUGGCUCAUCAUCCGGUCGAUGAGCCGGGCCGGCUCGUCCUGUCGCGGUCGUGUGUCCUAUGGCGGAACGUUUCAGUCCCUCGCGCCUGUCUGUUCUACUUUGAUGCAAUGCGACUUAAACUUGCAAACGCGGGCGCCGCCGUGACCGCGCACCCUCGGCCUCGAGUGGCUCGGGUGUACCGUCGGCGGUUUCCCGUCACAUCUUCGCCCUCACGAUCUUCUCCGAAAGCCUCACUUGAUAAAGGGUGAAUAAGGUUAAAAGCUUCUCUCGUGGCACCUCCUGCACCUCUCUCUGCCUCUUAAACCUCAGGGCCUCAACAGACUUUCACUGAGAGAGGAAAAAACAGAAUCUUAAGACACAAUCUGCUCCUCACCUCUGUCUCCUUAUCUUGAUUUCUCUAUUACUGGGUGUUGAAGUCUCCGAUCCCACUGCUAGAAUUUACACAUGGCUGUUGGUCCUGUUUGCUGUCCUUCUAAGCUGUUUUUUUUUCUUCUUUUUCUUUUUGAUAGGCAGGAGACAAGUAAAAAAAACAACAAAAUAUAUCUGUAGGGAGUUCCCCCUGGAGGCGGCAGUGCUCUCAUUAUGUUAAAAAUGUUUUUGAUGUUCAACUUGUCCCUUAAUGCAGCUCGGUGAAAAUUGGACGUCGUUACUGUGCUGCACCACAUCCAGAAUCUGUUUAUCGACAGGGACAAAAAAAAAAAAAUCAACAUGCAGCUUAGAUACACACUUGCAUUUGAAUAAUUAUGACACUGAUUGCCUGUUAUCUGUGUGUGUGUGUGUGUGUGUGUGUGUGUGUGUACGCGUGUGUGUGCAUUUACAUUGGCUAUGAUGUCAGGGUUUUCCUUGUUUCUGUGGAAUCGAUGCAGACUUCUCUCACGCGUUCGCCCAAAUGACCCCUUUGGAUUUUGUCUAAUUAAGAAAACAUUGAGCGCGUCGGCACUGUGCUCAAGCGCCGCUUCGAGAGGCCUGAAUCGACCGAGGACUCGACUGAUUAAAGAAACAAACGAAUAAACGCCCGCUGAGUAUUAAGAAGACAUGAUGUGACUAACAUUACUUGCACUGCAACAAGUAAAACCACACAUUUUGAGCUACGUUUCACGAACCUGUCGCGCGGUUCAAGAAAACGCAGCACUUGGGCGCCCCCGCGACUCCAAUGGAUGGAUCCAAUGCCAAGGAAAACCAAGUACAGCCCCACAAAUGUCCAUUUUAAAGACUACGGAGCGGUGGAUGCGCGCAGCGGCACAGUGACGCUGUUCGAACAGAACUCUCUACGAGAACCCUUUUGGAUUUUAAUGUGAAGCCAAAGGAGGAGGAACCGUUUUCUCCUGGACCUGAGCUCUGGAGGGUCACGGGACAGACUGAACUUUCGCUGAGGACGGGGAGGUGACACCCACUCCCCGGAACCGGACCUUUAAUGUAUUUGAUAUUAUGGCACAAGAGGAGGCGGAUGGUUGCCAGAGAUUCUGAACUUUUCUUGAUGUGGUCCCCGUUUUUUGCCCAUCCAUCCCCUCACAGCGUAGAGAAGAUCAGUAGUAAGCACUGAAAAGUACCGAUCUCAAAAAUGUCUGCUGAUGGUGUAGUUGAACAUUUUGAAAGCAGUGAGUGUCCGUCCAUUAAAUAUGGGACUACUUAUUUGAACAUUGAGACUGGAAACAGGGUAACGUGUAGCUUGGCAGCAGUAACGAAAUCCACCUACGAGAACCUUUUUAAAGACCCCUAAUUGACACAUUAUACCCAUAAAAACAUUGACUGUAUAUAGAUGGACAAACCCUCUGUGAUUUCACACACGGGGUUCCUAGAGCGCAGUUUCGAAGCUCAUAGUCAUCUCGGUAUUGCCUGUCUCUACUUAAUCUAAUCAAUGCUCUGUGAGAGCUCCCCCCGUCACUCAUAGUGGCCACAUCUUUAUUAUUAUUUUUUUUUUUUGCAUAUCUUUAAGCCUUGAUAUAAUUUUUAACAGAAUUCAAACAACCUCCCCCCUUACAGGUGGUCUGUAGUGGCUCCUGGGACCUGAUCAAUCUCCAGCAAAGAUCCAAUCGAAUCGUUCGGGCAGGCUUUAUGCGGCGAUAGGCGGAAGAGUAACGGCGACGUAGUCAGUGAUGUCACCUGAGCACCGUGGAGCUGAAUUCAUUCACAAUAAAAUAGCUCUCAUUGGUCACAGGAAUAUCCAUUUGCAUGCAGAGGGUCAUUUUUUCCCCCUCUGUAACGCGGCCAAUAAUGUAAUAAAAUGGUGAGAAUUGUGCGGCGUCACCACGGCCAGAAAUGGUUCAUUUUCUGGCCUCUAGAGUUUGCCGCCGAAUCUGAAUGUGAAAACAACACCGUGCGACAUUUACCCGUUUUAUGUUCUGAGACACAUUUUGACCCGUAAUGACUUUAAAGUGUCCUUUUUUUUUUUUUUCGACGGAACCAGGCUCGUUGUUUUCCUGCUUCAGAACCUUCGCGCUGAGUUAAGCUGUAGCAGUAGCUCCGUAUUUAGCAGUUCAACCCAGUGUUCUCAUCCAAGUUAGUCGCAAACGAAUAAGUAUAUUCACUGAAAUGUCCAACUAUUGCUUUAAAGUUUUCGCUUCCCGGCCUGAAUCCAUAUUAUCGUUUCGCUAGAACAAUGUGUAGGGUUAGCGUAGCCCUCAUGAUAGGAAUUUGAUGAUAAAGCUCUUUAAAUUAAAUGUAAAUGCCUUGUUAUUAUGAGGACGGGCGGUGAGAGCCAUCAACUUUUAUUUAGAAAAAAAACAAAAAAACUCAACCUAAGAAAUGAUUCACUAUGAGGAGGCAGCAGUCUAAGACGUUAGGAUGUUAUUCCAUAAGCACUGUUACAUACAACAACUGAAUGAAAAUCAUUUAAGUUCAUUUAAUCCGUGUGAGCGUGUGAGCAUGUGUGUGCACUAGUGUGUAUUUUUCUUUUUUCCAAGUGUGUGCCGACACUUUGAACCCCCCCCCACCCGUACCUCCCCCCCAAGGCCUUGGCGUGGUCACACACUUAACGGACCGACCUGUCCGCUGCGCUACCACGACGUGUCUGCACCUAUCUAUGUUAACGCUGUCCUUGCUGGUUUCAUUGUUGAUUUUCUUUUCCUUUAUUUGUUUUUUUCCCCCUCCCCCGCCUUCAACAUUUUGUGUUUGUGAGGAUGCAAAUGUCACUCAUAAAGUUUCUAUUGUUAAAGAAAAAAACAA